AUGUCACGACGCAGUCACUCGCGCUUCAUCUUUGAGGUGACAGGAAACACGAGGACCUUUCAUCACCAGCGCAUCAUCAACAACCAGAUUGUCAACUGCCCGACCUGUCUCAGUCUCGUCGGGGCAAAUGAGCCUUACAGCCAUCACUGGUUCGGGAGUCAAGAUGAUCAGCACAUCAACUUGGGCUUGGAAGAGAAGCAACUGCUCAAACGCAUCGAGCGGGAGCGUAUUGAAACAUUUCUGCUGUGCGAUGAGAGCGCAUUGGACCGCACCAAUGAUUUUUUAUUGAAAGCAGGAAUGGAAGCCAUACCACAGCUGCUGCAAUUCCUGAUUUAUGAGGCCAGCCGGCUGGAGUUGACCAUUGGGUUCUAUGUGAAUGUGACCAAGCAGCACAUGUACUGCGAAAGCACUCCUGUAUUAAUAGACCAUCAUCUGGAUAUAAGGGAGACGGUGGACAUGGUGUUCUCAAUCUUGCUGGAGAAGAUUAGCAGCUUUGUGCUAGUGCAGCAACGAGUUCCAUUUGAGGCAUGCACCAUAAAGCGCUUAAAAGUGACUGUAAAGCGUCAAUUGCAAGGACAACAACAGCUCCCAUUACAAUACCGAGUAAAAUGCGAUACACGUUAUCCGGAUACCAAAAACACGACAGUUGUGGACCUUGCGCUGCUCUCAAAGAGUUACAGAAGCUACCAAGGCCAACGCUUUGGCCACUUUCCAGACUCACUCAAGGUAAAUCUAUAUUGCUUUCGUGUGUGCGCUAGCACUAAGGAGCUCUAUGCGGUGCCAUACCUGCUCAGGAGCGAGAAUGUCGACACCACGCCCACAUUUCUCAUACUAACAAAUGUAGCUGGGGAUUUUCAAGGCAUGCACGAAAUACGAAAUGUGCAGCGAUUUCUCAAAGCAGAUACAAAGGAUCAUAUGCUCGAGUGCCGCCAGUGCAAGUCACAUUUUUCCGAUCGUUUACAGUUUGCUUUGCACAAACAAAUCGAUUGUGGAGGUGGCUUUAUGAUUUGGCAGAUUAAUCCAGAAUCAGUGGAGCUGUACGAGAAUUGUUUGUUGUUGCCCAAACAGUAUUUUAAAUUCGCAUGGUUUGGCAUUAGAAAUUAA